AUGAGUGACAAAACCAGACUCAAAAGCACGGUCUAUGUGGGUGGCCUUGACCAAGCUGUCACGGCCAACACGCUGGCUGAAGCUUUUGUGCCAUUCGGAGAAAUCGUCGACAUCUCUCUCCCCAAACCGGAUCAGCCCAAUUCCUCCGACAAGCACCGCGGAUUUGGAUACGUGGAAUUCGAGCACGCGGAGGAUGCCCACGAGGCUAUCUACAACAUGGAUGGGAGCGAAAUCUAUGGCCGUACCAUCAAGGUUGCGGCGGCGAAACCCCAGAAGGAUGUUAAUGAGGGCCUGGGCAGCAAGACUGCCAUCUGGGAACAGGAGGGAUAUCUUGCCAAGCACGCAGUGAGCGAAGAAGACCGACAAGCUACCGAACAGGCCCAGGCCGCAGGUGAUCGUCCUCAAGACCCGAUGCAAGGCCUGGAACAGCUCGACGUUGCGGGUCCGAAGCUCGAGUGA